UACUAGCUUCCCGCGCAAUCUCCUAUUUCUCGCUUGCCAUCCGUGCAGUUAACGUCAGAGGCCACGCAAUAAUGAAAUAAUUGCAAAAAUGAGCGAAAGGGAAAGCCGUGAGAAUGCCUCGCUCUCUAGCUCGCUACCUCCAGCACAAAUGGCACCAGCCGAAGUGGCACCAGUCCAAGUGGCACCAGUCCAAGUGCCUCCAGCCCAGAUGCCACCAGCACAAGUGCCACCAGCACAAGUGCCACCAGCACAAGUGCCACCAGCACAAGUGCCACCAGCACAAGUGCCACCAGCACAAGUGCCACCAGCACAAGUGCCAUCAGCCCAGAUGCCACCAGCACAGGUCCGCAGCAGUCUGCUGCAAAUUCCCCACGGCUACCGUCGUACGGAUCAUAUCCAUCGGCUGAUGGAGAAUUUGCAGCAACAAAUGGAUGUUCUGCAAAGGCAGGCUGAAGAAGCCGAUAAAGAGGAAGGACGAGGAGCAGGACAACAAGAGAUCGGACGAGGAAGAGAGUAAUGGGCAGGACGCGGAAGAGAACAAGGAGCUGGUGGAGGAAGAGGACAAGGGGCAGGGCGAGGAAGCAGGGGACCAGAGAGGAAGAAUCGAGGAGGAAAAAAAAGGAGAAGCGGGAUGCAGCCUAUUGGAAAUCACAAUAUUUUCAAUCCAGGAAUGAUCGUCCAGGUCCUCCACCUCCUCCUGGAGUAGGUCAAGGCAUGUUUGGCAAAGGCUCAGUGUUUUAUUUCAAUUGUGGAUAAAAUACUGAGUCUUGCUUUUAUUAGCUCCUACCCUCUCUGAUAUCAUAGCAUAUUUUUCAUAUUUUCUUAAAUCCAAGUUUUCAUAUCUAUAUAUUAAGGCGCCUCACCAGUAUUAUAAAUUAAAUGGCUAAGCGAAUGGAUUCUUUUGCGUACUUGAACCUUAAAUACUUUAAAUUUAGUUAGUUAUUAUAUAAAAAAAUGUUAAAAACUUAUAAUAAUGUUAAAAAUAACAAAAAAAAACAAAAAAUGAAUGUUAAAAUACUAAUGUAAAAAAAUGUUGUAAAAACAUGGAAAAAAACGUACUUUUACACACUGUGACGAGGCAACAUAACCAUAAAGGUUAUGUUAACACCCCCCCCCCCCUCCGCACGCCCCCUAUUCUAUUCUAUUAGUAUUUACUCAUUCGUUUGCACACCGUUGGAGAACCUCUUCCCAUAAGUCCUUCCCCCUCCCCCGAUCCCCUACUCACCGCGCUCGGACAGGGCGAGAACCGUCGGAGAGAAUCACCACUGGAGGAUAGGAUGACGUAGGUCUUCCCCCUCCUUCCCACGGUCCGCUACUCAUCACGCUCACGCUCAAGGAGGAAGUGGAUGACGUAGCCCCCCCCCCGCCGCAGUCCCCUGUUCAACACGCGACUCAGGACAAUGGGCCCACACGCACGUUGCGUAGUGCGUCUCCCCGCAACCCCUCGGCCCACGAAGACGCCCACAAGCAUCGAUCGGUUGAUCAGGGGAAGGCGAAUAUUACACCCCGGAAAUGGACGAAUAUAGGCCGAGGACCCCCGAAUACUUCGAGGAGAUCCUAGAGUGGCUAAUCGAUCGCCACUCGUCGUUCAGCUGUCGCUAAGAGCAGUACAUUGUUUUUCAAUAAUUAAUAAAAUCAAUCGCGGAAAGAUAGUCAAGUGACCCAGGAUCGCCCGAGUUCAAAGAGAGGCUCUUCUGGACCCGGCUCAAUCCCACAGACCCCCGGAAAAGGGUGGACACCCCCUAAAAAAAACCCAGAGAGGAAAACCGGGGAAAAUCAGGACAACAUCAUCGGCCGAGUGAGUACCUUUUCUUUCCCCUCAUUACCCAGCGGCAUCAUUUCCCCCAGUUACGUUUCCCAGAACCCCUCCAACGGUGGUAAUUCACAUUGUUCUUUCUUUAGAUCAAUAAGAUCAUUAUUAUUAUUGUUUAUAUUACUGUUAUUGAUUCCAUGAAUUCUCCCCCUUUUUCUUAAAUGUAGAGCCACCCCCUUUUCUUUGUAUAAUAUCAAAAGUGGUCCAACAAGUGACCUGCCUGCCCCUCACUCCUGAGAAUUCCCAGAAACAGGCAUUAUUUCAAUCAUUGUA